GCAAUAUUAAAACCAGAUUUAGCGAAAUGCCCUACGGUAGAGAGAAUGAGAGAGGCUGUUGGAAAGAUGAAGCCACGCAUGACCGGAGAAGAGAUAGGGUGGUGGGAAAGGACAAUAGAAGAAGAGCAAGCAAAGAUAAAACAGUGGAAUGAACUAAGCGACUGCCAGUAUAAGGAAGCAGGAAAGGCAUUCGACUUGUUGUCCUUUCGCUAUCACCCACCCGACCCAGAUCCAGAAACGUAUGACGAAGAAUAUGAAAAACGGAGAGAAAUGCUUCAGAAGCAGAUCGAUAAGAGAAACACCUUCAAACCAGUAAAUAAAACUAUUUAUUGUUAUUUUCCUUACUUCACUGUGAUUAAUGUACAGAUGAAAUAUCUUUUUCUCAGGUUUUAUUGGUCAAGAAGGCAAAGUAGCUGCGCUGAAUUGUACUCAAAAGAUACCAUAACGCAAGUAUAAGCAAAAAUCGAUCGAGAACUCCUAUUUCUUGAGUUAAAUGUGUCUUUAUUCACUUUUCUAUUUUUCUAUACAAAAAAAGAAACAAACGCAAAAAACAACAACUGUCGUGAUGAGAAGUAUUUGGGUAAUAAAACGUAAGAGGGCAUUGUCUUGAACUAAUUACGAGCUCAAAAUUCGUUUUGACUUGUCGUGAUAAGAUAGGUAGAUUGCUUUGUGCUUAUGCUUUCGUUUCAAAUGGGAAGAAGGCUAUAAUCCUAUAUAGUGAAACAUUUCAGUAUGUUACAAAGCUCUCAUGCAUUGUGCAACUUUGGGAACGAGCCGAUACUCAAGUGGACAA